AUGUCAAGCCCUCAUCGUAUCCUAGUUGACGAUACAGACACGGAUUUGAUCCAAUACACAGGGCCAUGGUUUGCCUCUACCACUACACAAUUUAACGCAUUGGACAAUAAUGGCACUCCAUUUAUGGGUACGUUACACGGCACAACGUCGAAUGCGAGCUUCUCUUUCACUUUCAAUGGAACCUCGGUAGCCUUUGACGGAACAUUCAAUGAAACUCAGCCAUCUCCUGGGUCGAGUUUGGCACCACCUCCAUCUGUGCAAUGUACUGUACUCCUCAGCAACACAGUUAGUACCACGGCGUUUAAUCCACAUAUCGGAAACAACUUGGAAUUCUGCAACCAACUAGGGCCGCUGAUAGACGGUCAACACACGAUCAUUGUUAACGUAGCUUUUCCUCAGACGGAUGACCCAUCGUUAACCCCUCAAACCUUUUGGUUUGAUAACAUCGUUUAUGAGGCUUCCCCGUCAUCAUCGUUGAGCAAUUCAAGAGUCUUAAUUACCUCCCCAGAUCCACGCAUGCAUUUCAGUGAUGGAUGGACUCCUGGAUUUAUUGCAGGCUCGCCACAGGACACAGUCGGGAAUAAGACAAAUAUCAAGAAUUCUUCGUUCACCAUGGACUUCUACGCAACGACAGCAUCAUAUACCGUCGAUUCAGGACCUCCUACAAUAUUUGAUAUCCCCUCAAGUCACCCAGUAGAAUCCAAGCUGAAUGUGGUUGAGCCCAAUGUUUUCCUGUUUCAGACACCAAUCAAUAAAAAUGGACCUCACACUCUGACGGUCGUGUACAAUGGAAACAUGGAAUUUAACUCCACUCCACUAUCUCUUAACUAUAUCGUUGUCAACAACCGGACUUCCACUACAACAAUCCCUAACACUUCUUCUGUUACUUCCCCGUCGUUCUCAAAUACACGGGUGAAAACUGGGGCCAUAGUGGGAGGAACACUAGGCUCCGUUUUAACCAUUGCUCUCUUCACGACUUUCCUAUUUAUUCUUCUCCAGAGGCGUAGAAAGAGGUCUGAAGGUAACAAUGCUAUCGACGAAUCACUUUAUUGUUAUCCUCCACCAGUCAAUCCGUUCAUUGUCAGCAGGGAAGACAUCGUUGCCACAGCUGGAAAGACUAAUACAGCGAGCACGCCCUCCUCCUCCUCUCGUAAUCCUCCACAAUCUAGUAAAACGAGGACGAGGCAUGCCCUUAACGCGCCCAUGACUAGCUCGGAUCGAGUACGAGCUCCGAGGUCGGUUGCUCCUGCAAAUACACAGGGAAUUCUUCCUUCUUCGAUCAUAUCUCAGGGGACUCCCCAAGUUCGCACCUCAACAAUCGUGCGUAGGGAAGAAGAUAGUGGUAUUCGAAUAUCUCAAGGGCCGAAUGGAGCAGAAAUUACACUUCUGCCUCCCGAAUACACCCUCUCUUAA